AUGGCAGAACCCUCGCAGCAGACCGGGCGCCGCAUCCCCCUCCACCCCAGCACCGCGCUUACCCUCACCGACCUAACCAACACGGCCCCUUUCCACCGCAGCACGCCGCAUCCCAUGGUCCUCGGCGAAGGCCCCAUCUACCGCGCCAGCGACAGCACGCUGCACUGGUUCUCGUGCCUGCCGGACCCGUCCACGACGCCGCCCACGCCGCCGAGCCUGCACGUCUUGCGCGUCGAUCCGGAGACGGGGUUGGCCGCGGCUACCGGAGAAGAAGCUGCUGCGCGCGUAGUGCCGCUCGAAGAGUCCGUGACGGUCGCUGCGUUUCGCGCGGGGAAGCCGGGCAGUUACGUUUGUGCGUAUUAUGCGGGCAUCGCGUGGAUGGAUGAGGAGACGGGGCGGUUGGAGGUGGUGAAGGAGAUUGUGCCGCAGAGCGAGCGUGGAGAGAGAAGGAUGAAUGAUGGGGGUGUGGAUGCGAGGGGCAGGUUUUGGGUGGUUGAGAUUGAUUGGGCGGCGAUGGCGAGGUACGCGGCGAUGAGGAAGAAGAAGGAAAGCAGCGGCGACGGCGGUUUGUCGGAGGAGGAGACGGGCGCAGAGGAGGAGCCAAAGGCAAGGCUGUGGCGGUUCGACCCCGAUGGAUCGUUGCACGAGAUCCUGAGUGGAGGGUUGGCUGGUGGAAAUGGGCUGGCGUGGAGCCCGGAUAACAAGGUCAUGUAUGUGAACGAUUCGCCUCGGGGGCUGGUGUACGCCUUCGAUUUUGAUCUCGAGAGCGGAAACAUUGCGAAUAAGCGGGUCUUGGUGGAUAGGAGUAGCAGCUAUGGAGACCCGGACGGGAUGGUGGUGGAUACAGAGGGAAACUUGUGGAUGGCCGGAUUGGCCUCGGAUCGCGUCAUGGUGUUCUCGCCGCAGGGAGAGCAUCUAAGGGACAUACUGCUUCCAGCCAGGAACCCGUCGUGCACGGCGUGGGGAGGAAAGGACUUUGACAUCUUAUACAUGGCAACGGGGAAGGACUGGGCAAAUGAGUCGGACGACAAGGAUGGGGGCGGACAUAUGUAUAUGUUCAAACCUGGUGGAGGCGUGAAGGGGUUUGCAAAGCACGUCUUUGCUGGCUGA